CUGUCACUCAGCGCUUAGCGCCUGCGAACAGGGAAGAGCGGGUUUAGCUGAGAAAGCGGUAAGGUCAUCCUGAAUCCCCGCGAGCUCCGGUCCAUCCGCCUUCUCAACAAAUAAACACGUUUAAAAAUAAUAAUUAAUAAUAAUAAUAAUAAUAAUAAUAAUCAUAAUGGAGCACGUGAAACGGAGACGGAUCUCAGCGCGCGGAUGAUUCACCGGAACUGAUAUUUAAAUAAAAAAGGAGUAAAACCACGCGAGAGGGAGAGUAGAGGUUUGGUUCUAAGCUGAUCAGGAGAAGGAGGCGCUUCCACACUGCGGACGGACCCGAGACCCCCAGGAUGUUGCGGCUGGCGUGUACCACCGUCCUGCUCUUCGUGCUCAGGCUGGUCCUGGCUCUGCCCUGGUUUCAGGUUCUCCCUGCCUCCCUCAUCUUCUUCCUGGGAACCGGAGGAUGGCACUCGCUGCGUGUGUUCAUGAAGACCAUCGGCCGAGACCUGCACGCCGCCAUGGUGCUGCUGAAGGUGAAACUGAACGUGAAGCGACACCUGCGCCAGCGUAACACCAUCCCCAAGAUCUUCGCCGAGACGCUACAGAAGUACGGCGACAAGACGGCGCUGAUCUUCGAGGGCACGGGCGAGCGCUGGAGCUUCAGGGAGCUGGACGAGUACUCGAACCGCGUGGCCAACCUGCUACACGAGCGCGGCUUCAGGGAGGGCGACGUGGUGGCUCUGUUCAUGGAGAACCGCUCUCAGUACGUGGGUCUCUGGCUGGGCAUGGCCAAGAUCGGCAUCGAGGCGGCGCUCAUCAACUUCAACCUGCGUCUGGAGGCCCUGGUGCACUGCGUCCACAUCUCCAACGCCAAAGCCGUGGUGUUCGGCAGCGAGCUGACCGACGCGAUGUCUGAGGUCCACAGCUCCAUGGGGAAAAGCGUAAAGCUCUUCUGUUCAGGUGACUGGGAUCCCAAACGAGUGCCUCAGGGAACCGAGCAGUUAGAGCCCCUCCUCCAGGCCGCGCCCACGCACAAGCCCACCCCCCCACAGCGCGGCUUCACCGAUCGGCUCUUUUACAUUUACACAUCUGGAACAACUGGAAUGCCGAAAGCUGCGAUCGUCGUCCACAGCCGGUAUUACCGUAUGGCUGCUCUGGUGUAUUACGGUUUCAGGAUGCGGUCAGACGACGUGAUGUACGACUGUCUCCCUCUUUAUCACUCAGCAGGGAACAUUGUGGGCGUCGGUCAGUGUCUGAUCCAUGGCAUGACUGUCGUCAUCAAGAGGAAGUUCUCAGCGUCCAGGUUCUGGGAUGACUGCAGUAAAUACAACUGCACGAUCGUGCAGUAUAUCGGUGAGAUCUGUCGUUACUUGUUGAAUCAGCCGGUGCGGGAUGUGGAGAAGCGUCACCGCGUGCGCAUGGCGCUGGGAAACGGUCUGCGUCAGUCCAUCUGGGAGGAGUUCAUCCAGCGCUUUAACGUCCCGCAGAUCGCCGAGUUCUACGGCGCCACCGAGUGUAACUGCAGCCUCGGCAACUUCGAUAGCAAGACCGGUGCGUGUGGCUUUAACAGCCGCAUCCUGCCCUUCGUCUACCCCAUCCGUCUGGUCAGAGUGAACGAGGAGACCAUGGAGCUCAUCAGGGGACCUGACGGAGUGUGUAUCCCGUGUGGUCCAGGUGAGCCGGGUCAGCUCGUGGGCAGAAUCAUCCAGAACGACCCCCUGAGGCGCUUCGACGGCUACGUUAACGAAUCCGCCACCAAUAAAAAGAUCGCCCAGAGCGUCUUUAAGAAAGGGGACAGCGCCUACCUGUCAGGAGACGUGCUGGUGAUGGACGAGUGCGGCUACAUGUACUUCAGAGACCGUACGGGAGACACCUUCCGCUGGAAGGGUGAGAACGUCUCCACCACCGAGGUGGAGGGAACGCUGAGCCGACUGCUGGACAUGAAGGACGUGGUGGUGUACGGUGUGGAGGUUCCAGGCGCUGAGGGUAAAGCCGGCAUGGCGGCCAUCGCAGACCCGGAUCAAACCUCGGACCUGGGAAAGUUCAGCAGGGAGCUGGAGAAGGCGCUGCCCCCUUACGCCCGCCCGGUGUUCCUGCGCUUCCUGCCUGAGGUCAACAAGACAGGAACCUUCAAGUUCCAGAAGACGGAGCUACGCCGCGAGGGAUUCGACCCGAACGUGGUGUCCGAUAAGCUCUACUUCCUGGACUGCACUAGAGGAUGCUACGUGGAGCUGAACGCCGAACUUCACCGCAGCAUCGCCUCGGGGAAACAAAAAGUAUAAAAACAAAACACUGCUGACUCCGCCCACUUUCUCAACCGUCCCUCAUCAAACCCCUCCCUAGGAACCUUUCAACGUCCCGCCCCCUCAUUACCUCAGCAACCGCAGUGAGGGGCAGCAGGAGCACGGCACCUCCCAGCUUGCUCGUUCAUCCACCCAUCCGUCCGUUAAGACUUACCCAGUGCCCCGCCCUCGACCUACCAUGCGCAGGACAACACACCCACUCUGAUAUGCGUUAUGGCACAAGGAGAGAGAGAGAGUGAGAGCGCGCGCCUCAUCGGCCUGUUCCGCACAACGCCGCCUUGUUUAAGACCCUUAAACGCACCCAAGAAAAAGAAACUCUUUCCGCUCAACGGAGGAAUCAAAUCGAUACGCGUCACGUGUCUGUCUACACACAGAAGAGCAGCAGACAGCCGUGAAAGUGACUCCGCCUGCAGACGCUAUUUAUUUUAAACUUUACCUGCACCAAAAAUAUUUAAGUUGUAGAAUAGCGUGUAUUUAUAAAACAGUUAAUUACUCGCAUCGUAGAAACAUCUGUGCACGGCGCAGGAGCGAGUCGCGACCCGCGACCGCGCCUGGCUACUGAGCUGUUCUUACACACCUCUAGGGGGCAGUGUGUCAAAGCAUGUGUAAGCGUUUGUGUGCACGUGUGUGUGUGUGUGUGUGUGAGAAGAGAACGUAUGUCAGGUUUUAUGUCUAUUUCUACACAGCUUUGCGGGGAGGGCGUGGCACUUGUAGCCACGCCCCUCACGCAAAAAAACGAAAGAUGAAAGGGAAUCCGGUUUAACUCGCCUCUUUGUUCUUUUCAAUCACAGAAGCAUGGCUGACGAUCAGAUGGAGCGCCGUGCUUUAACACACUUGUCUCUGUCCUGACCCGUCUCACGCACCCUGUGUAGGCUCCCUUUUUCACAUCACUUCCUCUAGAUUUCCGUUUUUACAACAUAAACACACCUUUUCUUAAAAAUCCUGUGCGACUCCUAGGUGUGUGUUGAUAAUCAUAUACGUAAUAAUGCAUAACGAUAUUUACUCGCGAUACGUCUGUACCAAGUCAUGGAAUUACAGCCUUGGGGAUUCCGGGUUUCCAGUUAGGGAAUUACGAGCUGCAACAUAACCCUUGUCACUUGUGGGCGUGGCUUGUCAUAUCUGCCGUUUCAUGUACACUAGUUGCUGCACUUAAACAACAUGUAAGAUGGGAUCAGUGUGUCAUUCACAUGUUAUCGGAUCUGUUCUGUCUCAGCUACGUUCUCGGGUUAGAUUAGCGAAGCGCACUAACCGUACCUGCUACAUACACUCCCGGGAAACGUCAGCCAUCUUUGCUAAUUCUCUUCCAGCUUUACACCCGUACAUAAGCUCGAACGGGAACUAAGUGCAGGUAGGAUCUUAAGUGUGUAAGCGGGGAACCCGAAAAAACGUAGCGUCUAGAGAACGAUCCGUGACUCUACAUGCGUUAAAAAGGAACGUGAAUUUGUUGCUCGCUAGCGUCAUCUCAGGGUUAGAUCCCUCAUUUUGACUGUGACACGUGGUCGUGUGUGUGUGUGUGUGUGUGUGUGUGUGUGUGUGGGCGCGAGUGCAUGUGACAGCCGGCUGUAGCAUGAGUCACUAUUUAUUACAAAGGGAAAAUGAUCAGAAAUGCUAGUGCUAAUGCUACGCAGGAGGUUAGAGUUGAUGUGUCUUUUGUUUUUUUUACACUCCCAAGUUUAAAAUUAGACCUGAAUGUGGGUUAUGAAUUAAUUUAUUCAAAUUAAACUAAGUAGUAUGUUUGGAAAUAAUCAGUAGUUGAUCUUGCACUCUGCUGUCUAAACUGUGGUGAUUUUAUUUUAUUUUAAUUUUGCACUUAUUUAUUUUUCAGAACAUUGUCUUGCUUUUAAUUGUCAUGGAUUGGACUGGUGGUAAUUAUGUUAAUUGUGUUUCCUGGUUUAUUUCCUGUUCUUGAUGUGUGUGUGUGUGUGUGUGUGUGUCUCUGUGUGUGUGUUUCGGCCCUAUGAAAGCAGUGAUGUCGUCGCGCAGCUCUGCCGAGGCGUCUUUACACUUUACUUCACCUUUGAAAAGAUUUGUUUUGAUUCAGAUUUACUGCAUACUUGGGGCCUGAAACGUGGCUCUGGUCCGAGUCACAGCGCCACCAUGUGAAUCUGAAUUGUGAACAACUCCAUGAGGAAAACUCGUACGCCAUUCCAACCAUAAUGUCAGACUGAGGAAGGGGGAGGGGGAUCAGCUCACUUCAAAUAUCAGUCUUUUAUCUUUUACUCCAUGUUGAGCAGCUUAUGUGUCUGUUUAGGGUCAGAACACACACCACGCUGUGAAAUGCCAGCGCUGAAAAGAGGGUCUAGUCACAUGUAUCUGAAAGAGAGAGAGAAAGGGAGAAUAAAUCAGACUGUAGUUCCGUGUUCUGGCCUGUAGGAGGCAGCGCAUGGCAUCACCUGACCAAAACAUAGUCUUCAUUCCAAAAAUAAAAACACUCCGAGCUGAUUUAUAUUUCUGUGUUGAAGUACGUUACUGUGUGUAACUAAGCGUGUGUCCGUCCGGUGGUUGAUUGGCACGGAGGUGUUUUUGACUCAAACUUUUAUCUUCCUGCUGUGGCUUUUUAUCUUUUUCAGUGUAACAUCAUUUAAAAAAACAUAGCAUGUGUUAGCCUUUGUGCUACGUUAAAAGGAAAAAAAAUGUCUUUGGGAAAAACCUCAAAUGAAACUGGCCGCUCAGCGCCGCUCUCAGUUUGCUAAAACUCACUAUAUGACUGAUUUACACAACGUUACUUCAACACAAACCUGCUCCCGUGAGGUCUUUUAUUCUUCUUACACUGAAAUACAGAAGUCUUAGUUUUUACGCUUGUCUUCAUUCCUGUUUAAUUUGAUUUUAUUCACCCAAGGGCGCCCCCUAGUGGGACAGGUUCAAUGCAGACAUAUAAAUCAGCAGAAAGGCAGCUUCACUUCAUUCCUUGCGUGGUUUUUUUUUUUUUUUCAUUCCAUUGUUAAAAAUGAGUUGUUGUUUUGGAAACUGUUGGUCUGACUUCAACAGCGUACCGUGUGAACGCUACUGGAACACUCCCUGUACACACACACUUCUGAUUUUAUAGGCUUUUUUUUUUCUUUAUUUGAUUUUCCAAAGUAAUGAAGGACCAAGCAGGACAAGUGACUGAACUUGACUUUUUUUUGUUGUUGUUGUUUAAGGUUAGGGCAGGGGUGUGUGUAAGGGGAGGGGGGUUUGUAUAGAGAGGGGUUGUGUAUGGGAGAUAGAGAGGGGAGGGUUUGUAUAGGGAGGGGGGGUUUGCAUGUUAAUUGAGGGUGGAGGUCGGCAUAAACAGUUAUUUUUGGGUCCAAGAAAACUAAAAACAAGUAAAACUGUUACCUGGGGAACAGGAAUGUGGUCACAGCCCUCGUUUGAAACGAACCAUCAACUCAGCGAGCGUCAGCGUUCUCCUGACCGCCGUCAGCGUUUCCUAAUUUUCCGUGCGGUGCUCAGGAACAACGUUUUAGUUUCAGAAAAAAGGAACACAGUGUGUUGGGUUUUUGGUUUAGAUUGUGCACAGUGCUCUGUAUGUGUGUGUGUGUGUGUGUGUGUGUGUGUGUGUGUGUGUGUAGGGGGAGGUGUGUGAGGUGUGCACGUCGCACUGAAGUCCUCUUGUCUCUUACUAGCUGUAUAUUGAGGUUUUCAGAAGAAAAACAACCUGGCAUCAGAAAAUCAACAUUAAUAAAAAAUCUAUAAACU